AUGAGCAUUAUAAAUCUACCAAGAGCUCGUUUAUAUUGGACGGCUAUUACUAGAAUCGCUAAUGUAGCUAACAUUAUGUCAGUAAAAAGGUGGGAGUUCAUAAAAUCAUGUUUUCACAUAAAUGACAACACGAAAGCAUGUCCUUUUGUGACUGAAGGGUAUGAUGCUCUUCAUAAAAUACGACCUAUGCUGACGAUCACAACAAAUAUUUUAAAAGAUAUUACACUAGGAGAAAAUCUAUGCGUCGAUGAGCAAGUUGUUCCUUUCAAGGGACAAAGUAAGAUGAAACAAUACAACCCCCAAAAGCCUAAAAAGUGGGGUUUUAAAUUCUUUUUAUUAUGUGGAAAUGAUGGUAUUGUUUAUAAUUAUGAAAUGUAUAUGGGGAAGAUUCUCCAAGCCGAAGGUAUGCCAGAUAUAGGAGCUUGUGGGAAUUCAGUUCUGCACAUGGUUGUCGCAGUUCCAUUGGAUCAAAAUUAUAAGUUAUACUUUGACAAUUGGUUCUCUAGCAUAAACUUACUGGUUAUAUUAGCGCAAAGGGGAAUACAAUGUGUAUCAACGGUUAGGGCAAAUCGCCUCAAAAAUUGUGUUUUGCCGACAGAUCAAGAGAUCAAAAAAAAAGGAAGAGGAAGUUUUGUUGAAAAAAAACGGUGA